CGUGUAUAAUAAUUACUUAUGUAUAAUAAUUACUUAUGUAUAUCAUUAAGUAUUCCAAUAAGCUUUAAGUUCAAAUUAAAACUAUUUAAUUAAAAGUAAUUAUCAAAUUAAAAAUAUUUGUAUAAUAAAUGAAAAAAAUAUAAAAUCAUUCUAUAGGACAUAAAAAGUAGAAAAACAAUACUUAAUUUAAAAGAAAAAUAAAUAUAUACCAUUGAAAAAUAAUAUUAACAGCAAGACAUUCCCCUCUAACGAACGUUCAUUUAAUAGGCAGAUUCACAUUGUGAAGGUCGAAAGUCUACAAUUCUUAGCUUAAUAUCUUUAUAUCAAAUAUGGCGCAAAUGAUGAUAUCUAGGAUUGCACUUUUAUCUAUUAAAAAUAAUAAUCGUGUAAUACCUCGAAUAUUUGUACCAUUAAAAUAUCAACGACUAUGUUUUCAUACAAGUUGGAUUCUCGAUGUCAAAGGAAGGGAAGUUUUAAUGCCUUCUUUGUCACCUACUAUGGAAAGUGGUACUAUCGUCAAAUGGCUAAAAAAAGAAGGUGAUAAAAUUGAACCAGGAGAUGCGCUUGCUGAUAUUCAAACUGAUAAAGCAGUUGUUACUAUGGAAGUUGAUGAUGAAAGUAUUCUUGCAAAAAUAAUUAUACAAGAAGGAGUCAAAGAUAUCAAAGUAGGAACAUUAAUAGCACUUACAGUUGAGGUAGAUCAAGAUUGGAAAUCUGUAGAAAUACCAGAUACAACUACAGCUCCAUCAUUAACACCUCCUUCACCAGCUGCAGCACCUUUUGCACCAGAUGCAGUACCUGUUACAAGUGCAGCAGCUUCUCCACCCCCUGGCCAAACAAAUGUUAGUAUGCCAGCACUAUCACCAACUAUGACUACAGGUACAAUUGUAAAGUGGCUUAAAAAGGAAGGAGAUGAACUAGAACCGGGAGAUGCACUGGCGGAAAUACAAACGGACAAAGCUGUUAUGACUUUUGAAGUUGAAGAUGAAGGGAUAUUUGCAAAAAUCCUUGUUCCUGAAGGAAAUCAAGUGGAAGUAGGACAAUUAAUUGCUAUUACAGUAGAAAAGGGAAUGGAUUGGAAAAAUGUUGUUGUUCCAACAACUACAAAACCGUCUGCUCCUACAGCUGCUCCUACAGCUGCCCCACCUGCAAUAAGUGGACAGUAUGCAAAAUAUUUGCAAGUUUAUGGUUUAGCAGUAAGACGGUUAUUGGAGGAAUAUGGUUUAAGUGCGGACUUGAUCAAGGGUACUGGUCGGCCUAAUCGAUUAUUAAAGAGUGAUGUAUUAGCUUAUAUUCAAGCAAAUAAUGUAAAAAAAAUUACAUUAAAAUCAGAAGGUGCACCUAAGAUUGCAAAAGCUAAGAAAGAACCAAGCGAUGUCAAAGUACAUGUACCUAGUGGCGGUCCUUCUUCGUACGAAGACAUCCCAGUUUCUAAUAUACGUGGUGUUAUUGCUAAGAGACUUGGAGAAUCAAAAAGUACCAUUCCCCACUCUUAUGCAUUCAUCGAUAUUAAAAUUGAUAAACUAAAUGAAAUUCGUAGUGAACUCAAGGCUGAUAAUAUUAACGUUUCGAUAAAUGAUUUCAUUAUAAAAGCAGCCGCACAUGCACUUAUCGAAUGUCCAUUUAUUAAUACAUUGUAUCAAAAUGGCCAAAUAAUUCGUAUGCCAAGAGUUGACAUUUCUGUCGCUGUUGCUACAGACACAGGUCUUAUUACACCAAUUAUUUUCGACACUUCAGCAAAAAACGUAGCAGAUAUUUCGAAAAAUAUUAAAGAGUUAGCUGAGAAAGCCAGAAGUGGUCGAUUAAAACCAGAAGAAUUCCAAGGCGGAACUUUCACAAUAUCCAAUUUAGGGAUGUUUGGCAUCAAACAAUUCAGUGCCAUUAUAAAUCCUCCUCAAACAGCAAUACUUGCUGUUGGAAGUGGUCGUGAAGAACUAGAUACUGCGCUACAAAAAGUAACAAAAAUGUCAACAACUUUAUCGUACGAUAGGCGCGCAAUUGAUGAAGACCAAGCAGCCGACUUUUUGGCUGUUUUAAGAGCCAUGUUGGAAGAUCCAAGUUUUCUGCUCGCUGGAAGAUUACGAGCUCUAAGUUCUUAUUAAUGGUAUCAGACUUGUUAACUCUGCACAAUUUUCUAAAAAUGGAUGAGAUAAUAACUCAUCAGCAGUUGCUCUUUCAUCAACUUCAACUGCUAAACAUCUCUCUAGAAAGUUUUGAAAUGUUGGACUUAGAGUAUCCCAUCUGGGAAUAG